CAGCUGGUGAAGACUCUCUGGCAGUCAGCGGUGUGAAUGGGGCGCACUGUGUGUGCGCGCUUGUGUUCAGCAUCCGGUGAGAGCAGAGACAUUCGCGGAUAAACCAUCUGAACCAUGGCUUCGUCCAGCGACUCAACACAGACAGCAGGAAGAAGGCCUGCGUCUAUGUUUGAACCACCGAAAUUGUCUAUGAGACUGGUGCUGGUGGGAAUCACUGGAGCAGGUAAAAGCUCCUCCGGAAACACCAUCCUGGGCAGACAAGCCUUCAGAGUCCUCACAAGCCCUUCAUCUGUGACUAAAGAGUGCUCGAAAGAGACAGAGGAUGUGGCUGGAAGAGAGAUCACAGUAGUAGAUACACCGGGCAUGUUUGACACCGAUAUUUCAGAGGAGGAGCUUCUGAUACAGAAGAUCAGUAAGUGUAUAAACAUGACCGCACCUGGACCUCACGCCAUCAUCCUGGUCAUUAAAGUGGAUAUGUUCACUGAGGAAGAGAAACACUCAGUGGAGAAGAUCAGAGCCAUAUUUGGAGAAGAAGCAGAUAAACACACCAUCGUCCUCUUCACUCACGGAGAUGAACUGACCGGCUCUAUUGAAGAAUUCAUGGAAGCCAAUGAGGCUCUGCAGGAAAUCCUGAGUCGCUGUGGGGGAAGACAUCAUGUGUUCAACAAUAAAGACAUGGAGGAUCGUAAUCAGGUGGUGGAGCUCCUGCAGAAAGUAGAUGCUAUAGUCACUGCUAAUGGAGGUGAACAUUACACCAGUGACUCUUACCAGGACGUGGAGCUCAUGCUGAAAACUAAACCAGAGGAACUGAAGAAGCUGUAUGAGAAGAAACUACAAGACAUACAGAGAGACCUGGAGACCAGAUUUGCUGAAGAGAUGAAGAAACUCCAGGAGAGAAUAGAGACACUGACAGCGUCUGAGCAAGAGAAAGAAGACAAGAUCAAAGAGCUGGAACAACUGAACAAGUGUAAAAUGACAGAGUACAAGCGUUAUUAUGAAACCAAGCUCAGAGAGGCCAGACAGCAGGCAGAACAGACCUGUACUCAUCCAAAUAUAAUACAAAAGAUCUUUCAGAAGAUUCUCACAAUAAAAUCUUAAUCACAUUCUGGUCAUAUGUCUAUCUGUGUUAGCCCCAGUCAAACACACCUGGAGCAUCAAGGUGUACAGGAUUGUUGAUAAUUACAGACUGGUGUGUUAAUUACAUUGGAACAGAAGUCUGCAGAACAAUACGCUUAGAAACCCCUGCUGUACAGUAUGUGUCACAUUUGUAAUAUGUAGAGCCCGACCGAUAUAUCCUUUGCCGAUUUUAUCAGCCGAUAUGAGCCUGUCGCCAAUAUAUCAGUAUCAGCGAAUAUGCCGUCGACAUGAACAUUUUUUUACAGAAUAUAUAAUGCAGAUAAUAUGCUUGAAAUGGUGUAAUUACUUACUUUGUCCAGCAGAGCGUGAACACUUUAAAGCUUAAGUCUAUGGAAUACCACACAGCAAAAAAUCCAGAGUGAAAUUAACUCUGCUGGGAG